CGAUGCAAAAACUAAUGAUAAAAAAGAGGAUAAGAAAGAAGAUAAGAAAGAAGAUAAUGAGAAAGAACCAAUAAAAGAGGAACAAGAGAAAGAGAAAAAAGGAAAAAAUGAUGACGAUGAUAAUGAGAAAAAUAAGGAUAAGUCUAAAUUAAAAGAGCAGCAACAAAAUACUACUAAAAUUAAACCAAUAUCGCAGUUACCACCACCUAAACCUUCACAAUACAUUCUUCAUCGUGAUAUCUUUUAUUUACGUGAAUCGAGACAAGCAACGAAACGACGACAGAAUGUGUUGAAUCAGUUUCCUAGUGUUCCGAAAUCAAAUUUACCAUGA